ACUAAACAUGCCAUUAUAGUCAGCGCAGCAAUCUCAUUCUCGUCCACACCCUCGAUCUCAAAUCCCAAUAAUGGCCGACCCAACAACCGCCGGCGGCUCAGAUCCGUCGUGUCUUCAGCCACUCAUUUCGAACCUCCCGGACGAUAUAUCGCUGCAAGUCCUCGCAAGAGUGCCGCGUUUCCACUACCCCGUCCUGUCGCUGGUUUCCAAAUCAUGGCGAUCCGCCGUAAACUCCGUCGAGCUAUUCCGUACACGAUCCCGCCUCCGGACGACGCAGUCUUCACUCUACCUGAUUCUGCGCAUAGAUUCUUCAUUCCAUUGGUACUCCGAGCAGAAUCCUCCAACAGCGAAACGUACCUUAAUUCCCCUCCCAUCCAUGCCCCAGCACUUAGUAGGGUCCUCCGUUCUAACCCUAGGGCCGGGAGUAUACGUAAUUGGUGGGUCGAUAAACGAUAUUCCAUCUAACAGUCUUUGGAUUUUCGAUUGUAGGUUUAAUAGAUGGGAAAAGGGGCCGAGAAUGAGGGUAGCUCGAGAAUUCUCUGCUGCAGGGGCAUGGGAUGGGAAAAUAUAUGUGAUAGGUGGAUGUAAUGUGGAUAAUUGGUCGAGAUCAAUAAAUUGGGCAGAGGUUUUUGAUCCUUCUACAGGGCUGUGGUCUGCAGUUCCUAGUGAAAUUGAGCUGAGGGAUAAGUGGAUGCACGCCAGUGCAAUGAUUGGAAGUAGGUUUUAUGCAAUGGCGGAUAGAGGAGGGGUUGUGUAUGAUGUAGGGGGUGGAGAGUGGGGGAAUGUACCUAAGAGGUUGGACUUGGGUUGGAGGGGCCGGGCGACUGUGGUAGACAAUGUAUUGUAUUGUUACGAUUAUUUAGGGAAGAUUCGGGGCUACGAUGUGGAGGAGGAUGUGUGGAAGGAGUUGAGAGGAGUGGAAAAAGGGUUGCCGAAAUUCUUGUGUAGUUCGACAAUGGUGAAUUUGGAAGGGAAGUUGUGUGUGGUGUGGGAAGGGAAAGGGAACGGGAAUGGGAAUGGGAAGGAGGUUGAUAUAAUGUGUGCAGAGAUUGAUGUGAAGAGGGAUAUUGAUGGAGGGUUGAGUGGUACUAUUUUGAAGAUGGAUGUGAUCUUUGUGGCCCCGAAAGGGGCUUCGAUUUCACAUUGCUUGGCAGUUCAAUUUUGAUGUUGUUUGUGUAGUUGUGGUUCUGUUGGUUGGUAGGAGAUAAAAUCUAAUGGCUGGAGGUUCGGUAUUAGUGAGGUGGUUGUGCAACACACCUUCUACAUCAUAUUGGAUUCGACCGCCUCCUCUAAUGGAAGUUUGGGCGAAAACAGGUGUAAAAUUGGCAACACCAGAUUGAGCAGUGCCUUGACAACAAAAAUUAGUAUAUGUUGUGUUUGGAGGAUGAAGAUCCUUGUAUGAAUAAUAUUCUUAUACAAGUGUUGUGCAUCUAUUGUUUGUCUGAAAUUGGCCUAUCUAUAUAUUGAUGUGAAUGUUAUCUAAGGAAUAAAACUCCAUUUGCUCUAA